GUGGGUGAGGGACAAAGAGUCAAAAAUGGAGUUACGUGAGGGAGAAACCCUUACCAUAUUCGAGCAGGUGCGUGUCAACGGAAAGCUGACACGCGACGGAAAGCUUCGGUGGACGGAGAACAUAGAACGCUGCUUGGACCUGGAGAAGGAGGUUUUAGGUUUUGUCACGCAUGGUUCUAAGAUCACAAUCCGAGCUUCCAUCGUGAAUUGGCGUGAGCUUCAUUGUGUCGGGACUGGUAGGGCGAGAGGUCAUAGGAGGAAGGAUAUCGUUUUGGAGCCUUUGACGGAGGAGUCACGACGGUUUUGGUGCCAGAAGCUUCAGGAAUUUUUUGAUUCCCUCGACCGACCAAAGAGGUUAUUCGUUAUUGUGAACCCUUUCGGUGGAAAGAGAUCUGCCACCAAAAUUUUUCAUGCUGAAGUUAAGCCACUUCUAGUUUCUGCGAAUAUUGAAUAUACAGUUCAAGAAACUCAACAUCAGUUUCAUGCAAAAGAAAUGGCUCAAACAUUGGAUCUCUCCAAGUACGAUGGGAUUGUAUGUGUGAGUGGAGAUGGUGUAUUAGUUGAGGUAGUCAAUGGGUUACUUCAACGAGGGGAUUGGGAAGUUGCAAUAAAAAUGCCCCUUGGAAUUAUUCCAGCUGGUAGUGGAAAUGGAAUGGUAAAAUCAGUUCUGGAUUCAGUUGGUGAUCCCUGUUCAGUGACCAAUGCUGUUCUUUCGGUCAUUCGAGGUCAUAGGAUUUCACUGGAUGUUGCUACAAUCAUACAAGGGGAGACCAAAUUUUUUAGUGUUCUUAUGCUUGCAUGGGGUCUGGUGGCAGAUAUUGAUAUAGAGUCUGAGAAAUACAGAUGGAUGGGGAGUCCUCGUCUUGACUUAUAUGCUCUUCUGCGAAUAUUGAGCUUGCGAAAAUAUAAUGGACGUAUUUCCUUUGUGCCAGCACCUGGGUUUGAAGGUUAUGGGAUGCCAUGCAACCAAAGUAAAUGCAACAAACUUGAUUUGAGCACUCAGAGGAAAGAGGAGGUUAAGGUUCAGCAGCAUGGUUAUCAGGGACCUAAGAUUUCUUUGGAUGACUUAGAGUGGAAGGCUAUCGAUGGUCCCUUUGUUGCUGUUUGGCUUCAUAAUGUACCUUGGGGGAGUGAGGAUACAAUGGCAGCACCUGAUGCCAAGUUUGCAGAUGGUUACUUGGACUUGAUCGUUAUCAGGGAUUGCCCAAAGGCUUCGUUGCUGUCAUUGAUGACAGAAGUGAACACUGGAAGCCAUGUCAAAUCGCCACAUGUCUUGUACUUGAAAGUGAAAGCAUUAUUACUAGAACCAGGCCAGAGGUUAGAUAAGCCAACCAAAGGUGGGAUCAUAGAUUCGGAUGGGGAAGUCCUGGCAAGAGGCAAAGGAACAUACAAAUAUGAGCUAGGGGGCUUGAUGGCCUAUGCUCCAAUGCAAAUCACAGUUGAUAAAGGUUUAGCUACUUUGUAUACUCCUAGAUGAUACUUUGUAUAG